AUGGCGAAAGGACUCAUUGCUGGACUGGCGCUCGUGGCCAGUUCAUUUGUCCCCGGUGCUCUAUCGUUGACCAUCUCCUCCACAUCAACCAGUGCUUCUUCCCAGCCCAGCGUGCAAUGUAGCGCGGCUACUGCGUAUGCUGAUAUCGUCAAUCCAUCCUUUGAGGAUGGUACUACUGGUUGGACCUACACCUUUCCCGCGACUACCACCAGCUUGCACGCUACAAAUGGAUCAGACUCUUUGCUUCUACCAGGGCAAUUUUCGUACUGGAAUAUUUACCAGACGGUCACGGGUCUCCAGAUUGGGACAACCUAUACCACCUCGGUCGAUAUUCUCCCAUAUGUUAACCCAUCAUAUUCCGUUUCUCAGAGCUGCACCAUAUAUCUGUACCAUACGUCUCUCACAACAGGAAACUUGAUUUCGUACACAACUGGCCAACAUUUCGGCACCGCCGACGCCUGGUUUACACUAUCCGGUACAUGGACUCCAACGGCUGCCAGUGACCUAUUGGGACUUUAUUCGACCUGUUCACCUUAUCAUACCAAUACUCUAUUCAAUAUGUAUGUCGACAAUUUCCAGGCGACCUACGAAACCACGGCGUGCACUACCAUCACAAGCUCCAGCUCUAUCCAGACCUCGACUGCGGCUUCGAGCUCAAGCGUCAGUACUAGCGCUGUGGUUACGAUACCAGCCACCACGCCGGCAACGACACCUACCCCUUCUCCUAGCAGUGCUCCUGUCAUUCCUAGCUCCAGCGUUGCUGCCAGCUCCAGCGUUGUUGCCAGCUCCAGUGCUGUUCCCAGCAAUUCAGCGGUCGUUAUCCCAAUUUCAAUCCCUAGCUCAAGCAUUGUACCAAGCAGCUCAGCUGUUAUCCCCAGCUCAAGUGUUAUUCCCAGCAGCUCGGCAGUGGUGAUUCCAACCUCCAUCCCUAGCUCCAGUGCCGUUCGCAGCCCUACUCGUACACGCACUCCAUGCCGAACUUCGCGCUCUACCACUCCUGCUUCGAUCGCUAGCUCAAGCGUUGUACCAAGCAGCUCGGCAGUGAUAAUCCCAACCUCCAUCCCUAGCUCCAGCGCCGUUCGCAGCCCUACUCGCACACGCACUCCAUGCCGAACUUCGCGCUCUACCAAUCCUGCUUCGAUCGCUAGCUCCAGCGCUGUCCAGAGCAGUGGCACCUCCCCAGUCGGUCUUUCAACCAGCAGCACACCCACUCGCUCUACCCGUCCUUGCACAAAGAGUGGCACAAGGACUGGUACAUCCACUGGCUCAGCGGGUACCUCUACUGGUACAAUCUCCACCUCCAGCUCAAGCUCUACAGGCUCUGGAUCCUUGACGACCGUCACUACAAGCAUCGCUUCUGCUACUACCCUUGGCUCCACAACCUCAACAAUCUUCUCCACACGCACAAGCACCAUCACCGCCUGCCCAACGACUGUGACCGACUGCCCUGCCAGGUCAACCUCUGUUGUGACCGAGACUAUCGUGGUCUCAACGACUGUCUGCCCCGUCACAGCCACCGCGCAACCUACCGGUCCUGGCGGCGUGGAUGUCUCCACCUCUACGCUCGUAUCUACCCGUGUAGUCACGAUCACUGCCUGCCCGGCAACGGUCACUGACUGCCCUGCUUCCCAGCGUAGCACUUAUACUUCCACCGAGACCGUUGUCACAGGCACUGUUGUGUAUACAGUCACAGAAACCGGUCCUACCGGUACCGUUAUCCCUGCCCCUGGGACUGCCACUACCACUGUCCUCCCCGGAUCCAACCCAUCUCCUACAUCUGCCUCUCCAGCCCCCAGCGGCGUUUCCCCUGGAAACCCCCACACCAACUCCAACUCUAACCCCAACACAGCCAUCCAGCCCGCCUCCCCAUCAACCCUAAAAUCCUCCUCCGCAGUCCUUUCGUCUACCAAGACAUCUCUCGUCGCCGUCCCUACCACCGCCGCUGCUAGCAUCUCUGGCAGCUCGACGAAGACUACAUCUGCCGCUGGCGGUCUGUACACUGGUGCCGCCGCGCCACGAUUCAGCGUCGAUGCCGCUGUUGUCUGGGCUGCUAUUCCUGCCUUGGCUGUUAUGGCUUUGUAA